CUGUUGCGUUUCAACACCCUAUUGGCUCAAAAGCUUCCGGCUUCUUCCUCGGGAUGAGAUUAACCAGACGGAUGAAAUGAAUAGUGCAACAAGAAGCUAUUUGAAUUAGAAAGAUGCAAAGUUUCACUCCUUAGGCAGUUUCACCCUUUACCUACACGUUUUGUCUCUUAUUUGCCGUGUGGUAUUACCGAGGAACUGUCGGCUGUCAGGUAAAGUGGAUUAUUUUGCUCGGAGCGGAUUGCAGCCAUGAUGGCGUCAAGCUAUAACGCUAAGGAAGAGGACGGACACCACUCGGGCGCUUCGAGUCACGGCGGAGCAGGGGCUGCGAAAAGUAAAAAGCCGGACAACACAGCGUUCAAGCAGCAGAGACUACCAGCCUGGCAGCCCAUCCUGACAGCAGGCACCGUGCUGCCUGCCUUUUUCGUUAUCGGUCUCAUCUUCAUCCCCAUCGGCAUCGGCUUGUAUGUCACAUCAAACAACAUCAGAGAGUUCGAGAUUGAUUACACUGGUGUGGACAUUAACAGUCCAUGCUACAGCUGUGCCAAGAACUUCAGCUGGAACAGCACAACGCCAUGCAUCUGCACUGUGAACUUCACACUGGAUCAGCCAUUUGAGAGCAAUGUCUUUAUGUACUACGGCUUAUCCAACUUCUAUCAGAACCACAGACGCUAUGUGAAGUCCAGGGAUGACAGCCAAUUGAAUGGUGACCGGUCUGCUUUGACGAACCCCAGCAAGGAAUGUGAGCCAUACCGUAUGAGUGAUGGACAGCCCAUUGCCCCAUGUGGGGCCAUAGCUAACAGCCUUUUCAAUGACACUCUGGAGCUGUAUCAUAUUGAUUCCAAUGUCACCAGAAAUACAAUUCCUCUGGUAAAGAAGGGCAUUGCGUGGUGGACAGACAAGCAUGUGAAAUUCAGGAAUCCUGGUGGAAACAACCUUACUGUCGUUUUCCAAGGUACAACUAAGCCAUUGAACUGGAGGAAGCCAGUGUAUGAGUUGGACCCAUCAGAUCCUGAAAACAACGGCUUUAUCAAUGAGGACUUCAUUGUGUGGAUGCGCACGGCUGCCUUGCCCACCUUUCGCAAGCUCUAUCGCAUCAUCCAGAAGAAGUCCAGCACGACUCCCACUCUACCCAGUGGCAGAUACGUCUUGGACAUUACUUACAAUUACCCUGUGCUCAGCUUUGAUGGUCGCAAGCGAAUGAUCCUGAGCACCAUCUCCUGGAUGGGAGGAAAGAACCCUUUCCUGGGCAUCGCCUACAUCACUGUGGGCUCCAUCUGCUUCUUCCUGGGUGUUGUCCUGCUCAUCAUCCACCAUAAAUAUGACACCCGCAACAACAGUGCAGAUAUUCCAAACUAAACACUUGUGUGUCACGUUUUCCAGUCUCUGCAUGCACAGGUGACCCUUCUGGGGUCCGGUCUGGACUGUUUUUUUUUUUUUUUUUUAAAUCUUUAGCGUGAAUACACUGGUCUUUGUAAAUGUCUCAUGUAUUUGUGGAAGGACAAAAGCGUCUUAAGCGUCUCAUCCAAAGCUGUGUUUAUGUGUGUUUAUGGUAAAACGAAAGAUGCUCGAGUCUGUGUCUCUGUGCAUAAAGCUUCAAGUUGGCUGCUGAGAUUCAUCUUGCCCAUCUUCAAUUUUUUUUUAAUCUUCUAUUUAUCUAUGCAUUCUCAGAGUAUCUUUUUUAUUUUAGCAGUGCUUUGCAAAUCGCUUAAUUAUUGAAGGAUGUAUGUAUUUUUAAAGUUUAUGUCCAUACUAUGUACUGUAACAUGUCCUGCUGAUGAAUGUACCAUUAUAUUUCAUUGACAUACCUCUGUGGUUUUUUAGAUGACCUUGAAUAUAGAAUGGGAUAAUCGUUGCUUGCACGCUGGUAAUUACGGUAAGCAUUGAUGUUUAACAAGAACUGUUUUACCCCUGGAGAGUCAUAGGACUCUCCUCUAAGCUACGACUGGUUAUAUAAAGAGACUGAGCCAGUCAUAAGGUAUCUUUUUUUAAUCACUGAGAAUACUCUGACGAUCUAAUGCUUGUUAAUAAUGGGAACAUGAUCCUGUACCACUAUAUCCAGUAUGCUUCAUUCUGAGACUCUGGGAAGUGUCUCUGGCUGGUUAGAGGCCAAAGCUGCUUUUAGUUGUUACAGUUUGGCCUGGGUGUUAAUCUAUCUUGCAAUCUUCAAUGUUGACCAAAUGAUACGCACUUUAAAAGUGUCACAUUUGUUAGGUUUUCCUCUUGUUUCACUACAUCUUCUGUUAUAAUCUUGUGUUCCUGAUUGGUUAAUAAGUAAUGAAUUGUUUAAAUUUGAAAUGUAUGGAUUUUAUAAGGUUUGUAGGGUCCAAUUAAACAACUUGGUCAAUG